GUGAAUUUUCACGGUUCUCCCUAACAAACUACUGCUCCACUUCUCCAUUUGGUUUUAAUAUGCAAAAGCUAAAGAGCAUGGAAAAACUCCCUAUACUUUUGCUCUUCUUCCUUGGCUCACACCUUCUCACUUCAUCGUCUUACGAUGGGCCACUCUACGAUUCAUCGGCUUACACCGAGUGUAAACCGCAACCCGAGGAGCCACUCUACAAUGGAGGGAUGCUCGAGAAUCAAAUCCCCGAAUUUCGACGUUUGAAUUCGAGCGAUGGCAUUCGAGUUAACAUUUCACCUUCGUUUACACUUCAAAAUCUUGAUCAAGGCACCCGAUAUUUUUGGAUCAAAAUCAACGGUUCAGAUUCGAGCCUCAUAAGAGCAAGCCUCGUGACCGAAGAAACUACACUUGAAUGCAUAGGAACCGUGAUCGCAAAACAGAGGUGUUGGUCGUUUCUCAAGGGCGGAUUCAUACUCUCAUCCCCAUCAAAAUCAUCCACACUUUAUAUCAACAACACGAGCGGCCUAGAUAUCGACAUAGAAAUCGCAAGUGCCUCUUUGCAGCCGUUUACCGAGCAUCAAUGGAGACUCAAUCAAGAAGCAAAAAUCAAUGAGGCAAGAAAACGUGCAAUCACCAUUCACAUUUCGGACGAAAAGGGCAUAGCAUUGCAAGGAGCGGAAAUCAGAAUAGAGCAAGUCUCCAAAGAGUUCCCAUUUGGGUCCGCCAUAGCCAGCACCAUUAUAGAAAAUCCACCAUAUCAGAAAUGGUUCCUGGACCGAUUCAACGCGGCCGUUUUCGAGAACGAGCUCAAAUGGAACGCGACGGAGCCCGCGCGUGGGCGCGUGAACUACACCACCCCGGACCAAAUGCUGGCUUUCGUCCGGGCCAACCGGAUCACGGCCCGCGGCCACAACAUCUUCUGGGAGAACCCGGAGUACACUCCCGGGUGGGUCCGAAACCUAUCGGGUCCGGAUCUCGGGUCGGCCGUGUGCGACCGGGUCCGGAGCCUGCUGACGCACUACCGGGGCGAGUUCGUUCACUGGGACGUCAGCAACGAGAUGCUCCACUUCGACUUCUACGAGCGGCGUCUUGGGCCCGCGGCGGCGCUGGGGCUGUUCGCGGCGGCCCACCGGGUCGACCCGCUGGCCACUCUUUUCAUGAACGAGUUCAACGUGGUGGAGACGUGCGGCGACGGCAAGUCCACGGUGGACGCCUACGUGGAGAGGCUGAGGGGGCUGAGGGCCGGCGGGGUUUUUAUGGAUGGGAUUGGGCUGCAGGGACAUUUUGAUGAGCCCAAUGGGCCGCUUAUGAGGGGAGUGAUUGACAAGCUCGCGACGCUGGGCCUGCCCAUUUGGCUUACUGAGGUGGAUAUUAGCGACAAGUUCAGCAAGGAGACACAGGCGAUCUACCUAGAAGAAGUUCUGCGAGAAGGCUUCUCACAUCCUGCGGUCAACGGCAUAAUUCUCUGGUCGGCCCUUCGACGAGGCGGCUGUUACCAAAUGUGCCUCACAGACGGUGACUUUAACAACCUCCCGGCUGGCGAAACUGUCGAUAAGCUCCUAAAAGAAUGGAAAACCGGAGAUUUGGAGGGAAAAACCGACGAGCAUGGUUCUUACAGCUUCAUCGGGUUCUUGGGUGAUUAUAAAGUCACCGUAGGUUAUAGAAACAACACGGCCAGCUCGACUUUUUCACUCUCUAGAGGAAGGGAGACCAAACACUUUAACAUGCAGUUGUAAUUUCCAUGAAAGUGUUACAAGGAUGAUUGAAUUUGAAUCUAUUAAGGGAGUUAUUACUUAUUUUAUUAGUUGGAAGUUGGUUAAU